CAUUUUUUAGAAACGCCGCGAAACUCACUAAAUUACCAAUUUCAUUUUAUUGUUUAAGAUUAGAAGCAUCGAAUUAAUUGAAAUAGCGAUUAAAAUAUGUCGGGCACAACUCAAAAAUACAAAAACUUUGUGGCGGAGCCCAUGGGCGAAAAGUCUGUAACAGAGCUGGCUGGCAUUGGCGAAACGCUUGGUGGACGCCUGACCGAGGCGGGUUUCGAUAAGGCGUACACUGUACUCGGUCAGUAUUUGGUCCUGAAAAAGGAUGAAGAGCUUUUUAAGGAUUGGAUGAAGGACGUUUGCCAUGCUAGCUCAAAGCAGGCCUCCGACUGCUACAAUUGCUUAAACGAUUGGUGCGAGGAGUUUUUGUAAAGGAUGUGAAACUAGUGGAAAUCUUCGGACAAGCAAUUCUUUUUAUUCAUACAAUAAUAAUCUCCACACAUUGAUAUAUGUUUUGUCAACUGUAAUGUAAGCUAUCAUUAAAAUGUAAAUUAAUGUUAAUUGGAA